UAAUCACCAGACUGACCCCAAACCUUCCUCGCAGAACUUCACAAAAGAGACUGGUGGCCUGUUCUAAUCGUAAAUCCCUUUCUUCUCUUUUUUUCGUUUGUUUUAAUUCCUUUUAUCUCUGAACUCUCAUUUCUCUCCUUAUCGAAUCAACCAAUUUCUCUUUCCUCUUCCAAAGUUCAAUUUCUAGUUUAGGAUUUCCUAUUUUAUUUGUUUUCAACCAAUGCCGGGCCUCGUUUCCGUUAAGUCUCCACCCGACGCGCCACCGCUACGGAUUUCAGUUCCGGAGCAGGCACCGCCGCAUAAUCCACCACGGACUCCCAAUAAAAGGGUUCCAUCUCCUUCCCCUUCCCGAUCUAAGCCUUCCCCCGCCCGCUCCGCCAAGAAACCUCCACCCGAGUCACCCAACCCGGAUGAUUCCUCACUCGACAACCCGGAUCUCGGACCCUUCUUACUCAAAUUGGCCCGAGACACUAUUGCUUCCGGUGAGGGUCCUAGUAAGGCUUUGGACUACGCGAUUCGAGCGGCGAAGUCGUUCGAGAGAUGCGCCGUGGAAGGUGAGCCCAGCUUGGAUCUGGCGAUGAGCUUGCACGUGCUGGCGGCGAUUUAUUGCAGUUUGGGGAGGUUCGAUGAGGCGGUUCCGGUGCUGGAGCGAGCGAUUCAAGUACCCGAUGUGGAUCGGGGCCCCGAUCACGCGUUGGCUGCGUUUUCGGGGCAUAUGCAGCUGGGGGACACGUACUCGAUGCUGGGUCAAGUGGAGAAGUCGAUUGGGUGCUACGAAGAAGGUCUAAAGAUUCAGAUCCAGGCUCUGGGAGAGACCGAUGCGAGAGUUGGCGAGACUUGCAGGUACUUGGCUGAGGCCCAUGUUCAAGCAAUGCAAUUUGAUAAAGCGGAAGAAUUGUGCAAGAAAACUCUUGAAAUUCAUCGUGCACACAGUGAACCAGCAUCUCUGGAAGAGGCAGCUGAUCGCCGGUUGAUGGCACUCGUAUGUGAGGCAAAGGGAGAUUAUGAAGCAGCCCUUGAGCAUCUUGUCCUAGCCAGCAUGGCAAUGAUUGCUAAUGGACAGGAGAAUGAAGUCGCUGCUAUUGAUGUCAGCAUUGGCAAUAUUUAUAUGUCUUUAUGUCGCUUUGAUGAGGCUGUCUUCUCCUACCAGAAGGCACUAACAGUAUUCAAGUCAUCAAAGGGUGACAACCACCCUUCAGUUGCCUCUGUUUUUGUACGUCUUGCUGACCUAUACCACAGGACAGGGAAGCUCCGAGAAUCAAAGUCAUAUUGUGAAAAUGCCCUGAGGAUCUUUGCAAAACCUGUGCCUGGAACCACAGCAGAAGAGAUAGCUGGUGGGUUAACAGAAAUUUCUGCCAUAUACGAAUCUGUGGAUGAGCCUGAGGAGGCAUUGAAGCUGUUGCAGAAGGCAAUGAAGUUGUUGGAAGAUAAACCAGGACAGCAAAGCACAAUUGCUGGAAUUGAAGCACGGAUGGGGGUGAUGUUUUACAUUCUUGGGAGGUAUGAAGAGGCAAGGAACUCUUUUGAGAGCGCAGUAGCAAAGCUUAGAGCAAGCGGGGAGAGGAAGUCAGCCUUCUUUGGGGUUAUGUUGAACCAAAUGGGCUUGGCUUGUGUCCAAUUGUUCAAGAUAGAUGAGGCUGCUGAUUUGUUUGAAGAAGCAAGAGCGAUUCUUGAGCAGGAAUGUGGCCCAUGUCAUCAAGAUACUCUGGGAGUAUAUAGCAAUCUUGCAGCAACUUAUGAUGCUAUGGGAAGGGUUGAAGAUGCAAUUGAGAUCUUGGAGUACGUAUUAAAAUUGCGAGAAGAAAAACUUGGUAUUGCGAAUCCUGAUUUUGAAGAUGAAAAGAGUAGGCUGGCUGAGCUCCUGAAAGAAGCAGGCAGGUCCAGAAACAGGAAAGCAAAAUCACUGGAAAAUCUCAUCGCUCCCAGCUCAAGGAGAACGAAGAAAGAGGGGACAAAAAGAUGGCCUGGUUUGGGUUUUAGAAUUUGAAGGUGUUCCACCGAGCCCAUAUCUAUUUCCUUUUCAACAUAUGCACAUUCUGUAACAUAGAAGAUCAUGUAUAGUGUUACAAGUUUUAAUUUGUUGAGCUUCCCUGCUUUUCAAGCUUGAAAUCUCAUUUGAUUUGUUGUUCUUUUUUUUUCUUUCUAUUAUUAAUUGUUUUAUUGGAUGUCUGUGAUGUGCUCUUGAAAUUGGAAAGAACUGUUCAUUUGAGUGAAUAAAUCUGAUCAUGAUGUUUUGAUUUCUUUCUA